AUGGAUGAAAAGUUGGCGUUUGUUCACGGGAUACGAGUGCUCACAAUGAUCUGGAUCAUUGCCAUCCAUACGUUUACUGUGGGCACACUGUUUGUACCGAUGCUCGUGUACCGUUUUGAAGACGAGGCGCGAAAGUUUGGCAAACAAUUGUCCACUCAAUUCAUAUUCAAUGGCUUCAUAUCUGUGGGCAACUUCUUCUUCCUGUCGGGUCUUGUGGUCACCUAUAUAUCGGUUCCAAUGUUUAAGAGGACGGGCGCUCCCACUCUAUUUAGCUACAUAUCCAUGCGUUGGUUUCGGUUUAUGCCGUCCAUGAUUGGCAUUAUCUGCUUUCACAUACUGUGGCCACUCAUGGGCUCCGGACCCGUGUUCAAGAAGUACGCCAACGAGCUAACUGAGCCCUGCAGUCGCAACUGGUGGACAAAUAUAUUAUUUAUUAAUAAUUGGUUAUUACUGCCGGAUAUGUGUUUAGUCCACACAUGGUUUAUGAGCGCCGACUUCCAGCUCCACAUACUAUCCUUUUUCGCGAUACUGGCCUUAAGUAAGACCUGGAGCCGAGGUUUCGGUGUAGUCCUCUGCACUUCACUCAUACUAUGCGGGAUCGCCAUCCCCUCCCUCGUCAACUACAAGACAAACGGUCCGCCAAUGCCUAUGCCUUUCGAGGAACCGGAUUUGGAUCAGUUCUACAGAGACCUCAACACC